AUGAAACUCUUUCCAGUGCUUUUGACUACCUUUGCCGUUGCAGCAGCCCUUCCAACCGAGCCAACAACCCAGACCGGGAGAUUGGCCGCAACUCAAUCACUUACUCCUUCGCAACUCAGAGAGUAUGACCUUGAUGAUAUUCCUGAAGUGAUCGAGACCGAUUUUCCAAAGAAGUACUUCACAGGUAUCAUCGAAGAAAUUUUCGGCAAAUUAGAAGCUCAUGGAUUUGAUAUUGAAGCCUGCUUCUGUGGUGAGCCCAAGUACGCUACCGAAAUGUUAAAACAUGGUGGUGAUAGUGAUGUCCUCGUCAAGGAUACCGACAAAUUCAUCUUCUUGUAUAGCUUGAUGGGCAUUGACGUACCGAAAGAAAUGUGUCAGAUGUCCCACAACAAGCCAAAAAAGGAAAAGAGAGAGCAACUCAGAAUCCGCCCAAUUAAAGACUACUUGAAAACUAAAGAAGAUAUUGAGAGAUACAUUAGUUUCAUGAGAGCCAUUGCCCAGUCGAUGGGAACUCUUCCUGACUUAGAGUAA